AUGGACAAUAUCCCACUACUGGUUCAAGUUAUUAGGGGACUAAUUGAUUACAUCAAUCACGACUCAUUUGUGGUGAAGGCCAAGCACUUCAAUACGGUACGAGCAUACGCCAGUAGGCUGCUUGCCUCGUACCCUGUUCCAGAUGAGACAGAGGGAAUCGAGGAGCUGAAACCAAUUCAGGAGAUCAACCUAGACAACUAUAGAUCACAGUUCAGGCACUUCAUCAACAACCUGAUCUACGUCUACGACCUGAGGGCAUUGGUCAAGUUCAACGGCUGUUUCAAUAAGGCGGCAAUUGACAUACGUCUUGAUGUGCUUGAGUUACUGAUUGGAUUGAUCAAUAUCACUGAUCUAUAUAGGGAGUUUGUUCAGGAGCAGACUGUGAUAAUGAAGAAGGUGAGGGCGUUACAGGAUGCUGUUGCAGUGAGAAAGAGGGGUGAGACAGCAAAUCAGUCUGAGAUGUCGGCAAUGGGCAGGGAGUUGGAUGAAAUUGGUCUAAAUCACAUCAGAUCUCCAAUCAGGGCAUUUCUAGGCAGAUUCUCUGAAUACGCCUUGGUCUAUUUUGAUAGAUCGGUUGUGCUGGCAAUCAACGAGAGCAAGGCGUACGCAUUCAGAAAGAGGGAGCAGCUGCAGCAGUUCAUGGGAACCAUUGACAGGAAGCACAGGGGCGGAAGACUGCUUCACAGCAACCUGAGUGAUUUGGUGUCACUUUCUGGAAUGACUAACUAA